AUGGCAGGUUUGCUGAAGAAGACCACCGGCCUUGUGGGAUUGGCUGUAUGUGAGAGUCCACACGAGAGGCUAAGAAUAUUUAUGGUUAAAGCAGAACCAGAUGUUAAGAAAUUAGAAGACCAACUUCAGGGUGACCAACUAGAAGAGGUGAUUCUUCAGGCUGAAAAUGAACUAAGUCUGGCCAGAAAAAUGUUACAGUGGAAACCAUGGGAGCCUUUAGUGGAAGAGCCUCCUGCCAACCAAUGGAAAUGGCCAAUGUAA